UAGCCCCUCAACUGUCAUUUUCUCACAUAUACUUCACACAAAAGAAACAACCAUUCACUUCAUACCUUGUCAUUUCUUCCCUUCUCUCUCCCUCUCCUUCAAUCUCAAAGUCUCUGCAACUACUCCCCUCAAUUCAUCAUUUAACCCAAUCUUAAAAAAAAAACACCCGGAAUUCUCUCCCUCAAAAUUCAGCAACCCCAUAUCCUUCAGCUACAAAACCCUCCAAGAUUUUGUGACCCUUUUCAGCCCUGAACAAACAACCAUCCCACAAGCACAGAACACUUGCACCAGCAAGAAACAAGAAAAGGUAGGGGCUGUCAAGAACAAAGAAAAAGAACAAACAGUUCUUUUUCUUUUUCUUUUUCUUUUCUUGUAGGGUUUGUUUGGCCGGCUGCUUGUUGAAUCAAAGAUGGAGCUGUUCCCAGCACAACCAGACUUAUCCCUACAAAUCAGCCCACCAAACAGCAAACCCUCCUCAGGUUGGAGGAGAACAACUGAAGAUAUGAUAGAUUUGGGGUUUUGUAAAAGAGCUUUGGACUCAAGAAACUCCUCUAUCUCAUCAUCAAUGGCUGCAAAACCUGAUACUAGUAACUUUUUUGACCUUUCUUUAUCAAACAAUCAAAGGAUGAUUUCUGUUUCUGAUCACCAUCAUCAGCCAAGCUCCAACAAUAGCCAUUAUAACCUCAUCCAGAAUAGUAGCUCUACUAGUACCACAAACAAUAAUCUUAUUCACUCUUUUCAGCAAAGCCAGCAGUUUCCUCUCCACCAUCAGCACCAACUUCACCAUCACCACCUCCUCCAACAUCAACAGCAUCAAGUAGGAGGAGGAGGAGGGGGGCUAAACCACCCCGAAUUCGGGUUUUUGCGACCAAUAAGAGGAAUCCCAGUCUACCAAAACCCUCCUCCUUUUCCAUUAUUUAAUCCAAUAUUACAGUCUUUAGAUGCUAGUACCACUAGUUGUGGAAUUCCUUCUCCUACUUCUACUACGACUAGUUCCUCCAAUCCCACCUGCUUCCAGUCCCAAGGCGGAUGCGGUGGUGGCGGCCUAAUGCGGUCGAGGUUUUCAUCGAGAUUUCCAGCUAAACGGAGCAUGAGAGCUCCUAGGAUGCGGUGGACAACCACCCUCCACGCUCGUUUUGUUCAUGCUGUAGAGCUCUUGGGUGGCCAUGAAAGAGCUACGCCCAAGUCAGUUCUUGAGCUAAUGGAUGUGAAAGAUCUCACUUUGGCACAUGUUAAAUCACAUUUACAGAUGUAUCGAACGGUGAAGACAACUGAUAGAGCAGCACCUUCUUCUGAUAUCUAUGAGAACGGGUCAUCUGGGGAUAAUUCUGAGGACUUAAUGUUUGAAGUUCAGAACUCAAGAAAACCUGAAUUAUCGGUGCAACAAGGAAGGCAAAAUAUACAGCAAGACAAAGACUUGCAUGGUCUUUGGAGUAAUUCCUCAAGCAGGGAAGCUUGGCUGCAUGGCAAAAUGAGGGAUUCUUUAGGCAACAUACCAUCUCUUGAGGUACUAAACGCAACUAAUCUAGAAUAUUGGCCUUUUCAUUUUCUCUUUCUCCCCAAAAGUUUUCUAAUGCUGGUCUACGCUUUAGUCACCAGUCAUUAGUCAUUACCAUUUGAAUAUUUACUGAAUAAGCACAUAGAAAUAUUUGUGUUUGUGGACUUGCUCGAGGAAGAUUGAGUCCUUCACCUUUGUGUGUUGUGUCACAUGUAAUCUAAGGAUGUGAAAUUUACAUGACAGAUACAUUCAUGGGAAUAAGAAGGAAAUUUACAUGUUAGAGUUAUCUGGCAUCAUAUGCGAUUACAGUAUAAAGUGGAAUAAGAAGGAAAAAAAGGCUUGCUUUUGUAAAGUUGUGCAGGCCAUUUUGCUAUAUCUGAGGUUCAAGGAAUUUUGUAAUAUGUAAUCCAAAAGAAAGGAAGCAGCACCCCAAAAAAAUGUAUUUUCUUUUAGUAGCUUUAGUCAAAGGAUGGAAUACAACUAAAGUGGAUUGUCUUCCUCAACAUGCUAUAACCUUAAUACCUCGUACUUGAUGACUAUAACACUGCACCAAUGAGUGAAAUAUGAUGGACACAACCAAACAUUCAAAUACACUGUGCCCAAUUAACGUACUGUCUCUAUUGUUUUCAACCACAUGAAUUUAAUUAAACUUUUAUCCCUAUUAAAAGCCCACUUGCCUGUUCUCAAAAAAGAAACAAAUCUUGCACUGAUUGAUUACAUAAGAAAGUUGCAUAAAAAUGUGCAUGAGACAUGCAUU